ACCAACCACCCGCCCGCGCGCGCCCAGUGCCUGCGCGCUCUGCUCCCUCUUCGCUAUAUAAUCCCCACACGUACGUACGCCUCGUGUCAAACCAUCCAAUCCAACCCCUCCGGCAGCACUCGAUCGCAAAGACUGCACCAGCCGGCGGCCGGCACAGGAGCAAGCGACCGCGGCCGCGCGCGCGGGAGGAAGAAGAAGAAGAAGGAAAAAGGAAUCGGAUCGAUUGGAGGCGACGUCGACCGCGAGCCGAAGCUUACUACCACUACUCGAUCUCGAUCGAUCACGCGGGCGCCACGUACGAGGAUGCUGUUGCUGUUCCGUUGCUUCGUGGGGUCGUCGGAGCCGUCGGCGGCGGCGGCCAGGAGUAGCGGGAGCGGGAGCGAGAGCGGCGGGAGCGAGAAGAAGGCGGUGCGGCGGAUGCGGAGCGCGACGGCGCGGCUGCGGUCGCUGUCGCUGGACGACCUGUCGCGGGCGCUGGCCUCGUCGGGCCUGCACGCCUUCACGCAGGCGGAGCUCAGCGCCGCCACGCGGGGGCUCUCCAGCAGCAACUUCAUCGGCGAGGGUGGGUUCGGACCCGUCUACAAGGGCUUCCUCGACGAGCGGCUUCGGCCCGGGGAGAUCGAGCCGCAGCACGUCGCCGUCAAGUACCUCGACGCCGACGGGCCGCAGGGCCACCGCGAGUGGCUGGCGGAGGUGGUGUACCUGGGGAUGUUGAAGCAUCCGCAUCUGGUGAAGCUCAUCGGGUACGGCUGCCAGGAUGAGCAGAGGAUGCUCGUGUACGAGUACAUGGCCAGAGGAAGCCUCGAGCACCACCUCUUCAAGAAUCUGCUGUCGACCUUGCCGUGGUGCACGCGGCUGAAGAUCGCGGUGGGCGCGGCAAAGGGGCUGGCGUUCCUGCACGAGGCCGACACGCCAGUCAUCUACCGCGACUUCAAGGCCUCCAACAUCCUGCUCGACUCCGAUUACACUGCAAAGCUCUCAGACUUUGGACUGGCCAAGGAGGGCCCACAGGGCGACGACACCCACGUCACCACCCGUGUUAUGGGGACACACGGCUACGCCGCGCCGGAGUACAUUCUCACCGGGCACCUGACGGCGAAGAGCGACGUGUACAGCUUCGGCGUGGUGCUCCUGGAGCUGCUGUCGGGGAGGCGCAGCGUGGACAAGCGGCGGCGCGGGCGGGAGCAGCACCUGGUGGACUGGGCGCGCCCGUACCUGCGCCACACGGAGCGGCUGCACCGGGUGAUGGACCCCUGCCUGGACGGCCAGUACUCCGCCAAGGCCGCGCACAAGGCCGCCAUGCUCGCCUACAACUGCCUGCACAGCGUGCCCAAGUCCCGCCCCACCAUGCGCGACGUCGUCGACGCGCUCCAGCCGCUGCUCGCCAUGUGCAGCGACGUGCCCGCGGGGCCCUUCGUGUACACGGUCCCGCCCGAGUCCGAAGACAAUGGCAAGGCCGACGACGACGAGGCGGUGGCGGCGGCGGCCGCUGCCAGGAAGAAGUGCCUCGCGUCGGCCGUGCAUUCGCACGCCGAGGGCGACCACCGGACGUUUGCGAACCAACGGUGCGCGAGCUCCGUGGCCGGGCACAGGAGCUCCUCGGCGUCCUCCUCGCCCAAGGAGAGCAGGGACAGGGGAGCCUAGGUGCAUGCGCUGUGCGCAGCCGCCGACGCAUCCGUCCGUACGUGUUGGCAGCUUUGUGUAUAUUUGUUCCCUUCCCGACGAAAAAGAUUGUCAAGUGUACAUAGUUUAGUUUCAGUGUCAGCAAUGUGUAACCCAAAUUAAUUUGUUCGUUGAUUCAUUUCCUUGGUAAUCCUGCUCCGGAUAACCGGGAUUCCGGGAACAAUUUGUGAGUUGUUUCGAAGAUUUUUAGAGAUGCAUUUGGCAGCUACGUUUAAAUGGGUAUGAUAGUUAACGGAGGGAAUUGGAGUGGAAUUUCAACU